AUGAAUGAAGUGGUGUUUUGGAUCAUCAAUAAAGCCUCAAGUGUAGUUGUGUCACGGUCGAAAUUUGAAGUCGGUGGCAUCCUUUUGAUCAGCUUCAACAUCCAGGAGCUCCUCUCUAUCAUCUUUCGCCACUAUGCUCAUCGCCCAAAGAUGCUAGCACGACUCGCGAGGACAUGCAAAGCUUUUCAGGACCCAGCCUUGAACAUCCUUUGGCACACCCAAAAGACACUCCUUCCGCUAUUGAAAUGUCUUCCACCCAAUGCCUGGGCUAUAAAAGAGGGCAAAUUUAGUAUCAUCAGGAAUCUCACCGCGUCUGAUUUCAGAAGAAUUUACUUUUACUGCCACAGAAUCAGAAUUUUCAAUCAGUUUACCUUGCGUUCGCUUUCUCAAUAUUUUGAUGCACAAGUCCUGCCCAUCAUUUGGUCACGCAAACCGUCUCCAGGCCCUCUUCUGUCUAAUGUGUCGGAGGUCAACCUUGUGGAUGGCAACUUUCAUGGUCUUGCCAUCUAUCCUCGCCUCGUAAUUAGCCCGAAUGUUACGGAAAUACGACUCAGGGUCUGGAGCAACGACUUUCCGAGUCCGUGGGCAAAUACAACAGCCGUGCUAAGGAAGGCCUCGCUACUCAAUCUCUCAAGUUUCGCGCUGGUCGUUGGAAGAUCGUCAAGUCCAAAGGACGCUGAGUUGCUGGAGCUCUUGUCCACUCUUCAUGGUGUCAGGAGACUGAGCUUCAGUGACUCGGUGCUUCCCACAUCUCGUGCCAUAUCCAUUAUCAGUACAUUCCCCAUGCUUGAAGAUCUUCGGCUUUCAGUGACAGAGAAGGAGGUGGAGAACUGUGUUCCUGAUGUUAAAAACAAAUUCACCGCCAUCAUUCACCUGGCCAUCAAUUCGGACACCAUGAAUGCCUGUCGGUUGAUGCUACUCCAGCUUCAGCCAGAAACGUUGCGGUCUUUGACGCUUACCCGAACCACGAGCGACGCCAACUGGAGCAUCAGAAGGCUUCUUAUAACACUUCAUGAGUGCAACCUGGCAUCAAGGUUGAAAAACCUGCAUGUACGUGAUGGCUCAUGGACUAACCCUGGCUUGGACUUGAAGAACCUUUUGAUGUUUGAAUACACAAGUUCCUUCAAGCAGUUGUGCCGCUUGCAUUUAGAGUCGUCUUCAUUUGAUUCGGAUGACAACGACCUUAUGAAACUUGCCAAGUGUCUGCCUCAGUUGCGUUCACUACUGUUCUCGGAAACAGUUUUCCUAGAGGAAGUGCCGAAAUGCACAUUUACUGGAAUGCAGCAUCUCAUUCAGUUUUGCCCAAAGCUGGAAAUGUUGACCCUCCGCGUUGAUGCGCGUCAAAUCCCGAUAUUUGCCACUCAGCCUGACGGAGAAUAUCCUUCAGCUCUCCACCUUACCACCCUCAAUCUCGGCAAUUCCCCUAUCUCGAAUGCUGACGAUGUUGUGUCCUACCUUACCAUGCUAUUUCCAGUCCUUGCGAAUUUUUCUACUGCCUACUAUGAUGAAGAGGAGGGGGAGGAGGAGGAGGAUGUCGACCCUUAUCGCGCGAUCUGGCUGAAAGUAGAGAAAAUGAUGAAUCGUUUUGUCCCUUGA